AAGGGAAGACACUGUUUUACACUUUUUUUUAAUCUCCAUCAUCACCCUUUUCCAACUUCUACAAGGAACCCACAAACCCUAACCAUGGGACCUAUUCUAUUGCUUUAAAAGGGAAGCAAAGAUCAAGCUAAAAGAUUUCCAAUCAUGAGUGCAAACCCUAGCAGUAGCGGUGGCGGUGGUGGUGCUGGCAGUUCUACUGGUGGUGGAGGAGGAGGAGGUUGUGGACCUUGUGGCGCGUGUAAGUUCUUGAGAAGGAAAUGUGUGCCUGGUUGUAUAUUUGAGCCUUAUUUUGACUCGGAGCAAGGCGCAGCCCAUUUUGCAGCGGUGCACAAGGUUUUUGGGGCAAGCAACGUGUCGAAACUGCUCCUCCAUAUCCCGGUUCACAAACGGCUCGAUGCGGUGGUUACCAUAUGUUACGAGGCUCAGGCUCGGCUAAGAGACCCUGUCUAUGGCUGCGUUGCUCACAUCUUUGCUCUUCAACAACAGGUUGUGAAUUUACAAGCCGAGCUAUCGUAUUUACAAGCUCACUUAGCUACACUCGAGCUUCCAUCACCACAGCUGCCGUCUCAGCCACCACAAACACUAAUGGCACCACCUCCUCUCUCGAUAUCGGACCUCCCAUCCGCGCCUUCAGUGCCGGACUCAUGUGACUUAUCGUCUCUUUUUGACCCUAUGGUGCAACCUUCAUGGAUCAUGCAGCAAAGGCAAAUCGAUCCACGCCAAUUUGGAGGGAGCGGCUUAUCUUCAUUAACCGGUGGUGGCGGAAGCAGCGGCGAUCUUCAAGCGUUGGCUCGUGAGCUCCUCCAUAGACAAGGGUCUCCCCAACUGCCAUGCAGCGAUACUUCACCAUCACCGUCUCCGUCCAAGUGAAUCUUGAGUUACUACUGACCCUUAAUUUUGCUUGCCUUGAAAUAUCCGUGCGAACCAUCCUACCAGAGCUUAAUUUUCAUGUUAAAAUAUUUCAUUGGGCAAGUAGCCUUAAUAACUAAUAUUUUCUAU